AUGGCAAUGAACCAUGCCAGAUCUAUAAGGCACAUUCUUACCACCAAAGAGGUUUUUGGGGUUGCAUGCCAACGAACUUUUGCCACCGGUAAAGCAAAGAAAGGAUCCAAAGGUGGUGGAGCUGCUGAUGCGCCCAAAGCAUCAACCCUUAGCAAAGAAGUCAAGUCAAGCACAGUUGUAGGUGCCAACAUUCUCAAGGAAGGAACUGAUCCAAAAAUCCAGCCUGAUUCAGACUACCCUGACUGGCUGUGGCAUCUGCUCGAUAAACGCCCCGCACUUAGUGAACUACGUAGGAAGAAUAUUGAAACACUAGCUUAUGACAACCUAAAACGCUUUGUUAAGCUGGAUAACCGGGCAAGGAUCAAGGAGAAUAACUCUGUGAAGGCAAAGAACUGA